UUGGCACUUCAAGGGGUGGAGAAAACCAUCGACUUUCUUUUUGCAGGAAACCAUUGUCUAUGUAAUUUUGCAUUGUUGCUGUAUCCAGAGAAGGAGCUAAAUGUCAGAUAUUAAACAGCUUCCGAUUUGAAUACUGGUGUUGCAGAGGCAGGCAGCUGAAUUCCGCAUUUUACAGAAAAUUUUUGACAGCACUGGUAGCUGUUUUCCUUCCCCCCCCCCUUGGAAAGAUUCCUCCAGCGAAAGGAUUGCUGUUUUUUUAAAAAAGCAAGCUAGGCAGGAGAUGAAAAGAGGGAGUAAGGGGCUGUUUUGCAAUUAUGCCACAUGAAUUGCCAUUGCAGGACGAGAGACUACAACUACUGUUGUUAAUUGAAACAGUAUAAAAAGAUUGAAAGGCGGCCUCCUUCCUUGUUUUGGGGUGUGGUGUUAACAAAUGAGAAUCCAGCAGCGUAUCAGUAUACUGCGGAAGAUGAAAUGCUUCCCCUGUCAUUUUUCCUACUCAGUUAAAUCAUCUCUCUCUGGCCUAAAUGCACUGAUGUCCACUUCACCCUAUAACCAAGCUGAUGUUAUUUCUACAGUAGAAUUCAACCACUCCGGAGAACUACUGGCAACUGGGGACAAGGGGGGUAGAGUCGUCAUAUUCCAGCAGGAGCAGGAGAACAAAAGCCAGCCUCAUUGCAGAGGUGAAUAUAAUGUUUACAGUACUUUUCAGAGUCAUGAGCCAGAAUUUGACUACUUGAAAAGUUUAGAAAUUGAAGAAAAGAUAAAUAAAAUUAGAUGGUUACCCCAGCAAAAUGCUGCACAGUUCUUGCUCUCUACAAAUGAUAAAACAAUAAAGUUGUGGAAAAUCAGUGAAAGAGAUAAACGACCAGAGGGAUAUAAUUUGAAGGAGGAAGAUGGUCGAUAUAGGGAUCCUGCCACAGUCACUACACUUAAGGUGCCGGUAUUCAAACCUAUGGAUUUAAUGGUUGAAGCAAGUCCUCGAAGAAUAUUCGCAAAUGCACACACAUAUCAUAUAAACUCUAUUUCAGUCAAUAGUGACUAUGAAACUUACUUAUCAGCAGAUGAUCUUAGGAUUAACCUGUGGCAUUUAGAAAUCACGGACAGAAGUUUUAAUAUUGUAGAUAUCAAGCCUGCUAACAUGGAGGAGCUGACUGAAGUGAUUACAGCAGCAGAGUUCCACCCCAAUCAGUGCAACACAUUUGUAUACAGCAGUAGCAAGGGAACCAUUCGACUGUGUGACAUGAGAGCAGCUGCCCUGUGUGACAAACAUGCCAAAUUGUUUGAAGAACCUGAAGAUCCCAGCAACAGGUCGUUCUUCUCAGAAAUAAUUUCUUCAAUAUCAGACGUCAAAUUCAGUCAUAGUGGUCGUUACAUGAUGACACGAGAUUACCUAUCAGUGAAAAUCUGGGACUUAAAUAUGGAAAGCAGACCUGUGGAGACAUACCAGGUGCAUGAAUACCUCCGAAGCAAACUGUGCUCACUAUACGAAAACGACUGUAUUUUUGACAAGUUCGAAUGUUGUUGGAAUGGAUGUGAUAGUGUUGUCAUGACUGGGUCGUACAACAAUUUCUUCAGAAUGUUCGAUAGAAACACAAAACGGGACAUUACGCUAGAGGCUUCGAGAGAGAACAGCAAACCACGGGCUAUCCUGAAACCACGCAGGGUGUGUUCAGGUGGCAAGAGGAAGAAGGACGAGAUUAGUGUUGAUAGUCUGGACUUCAACAAGAAGAUCCUGCACACAGCUUGGCACCCGAAGGAAAAUAUCAUUGCCGUAGCCACAACCAACAACCUGUAUAUAUUCCAGGACAAAGUGAAUUAAAACCUGUGCAGUGAAGAAAGAAUCCGAUUCCUGCCUAGUUAAGAUAGUGUAGCCUUUGUAUCUUGUAAGAGAGAGGCCCAUUCUGGCCCCCUCCCCACCACCUCUCUUGAAUCAGUGCCAUUUAUAACGCACACCAGUCACGUUAUCGCAGGGAAUUCUUUUUACUCCUUUACCCAACCCCACCCAAACUUGCAAUUCAUGAUCGCUAGUCAUUUGGCGGGGAGGGAGGUUGUCUCUGCAUUACAAAUUAUGGGCUACUACAUUAGCAUUUUACUGCAUCAGACGUUCAUUUAAUCCACUCCUUUGCCUUCCAUUGUGGUGAGGUUUUGAGGAAGUCCUUCAGUCAUGAUAUGGCAAUGUUUUACUGUGUACCCUCAUUACCGUAAUGUUCUCUUCCCCUCGCCCCACCCUCCCCCUUUUUAUCUACAUACAGCUUGUUGUUAAUGCUUGUAACAUUCCUUCUCUGACCUCACGGAUUCCUCCAUCCGGCCCUGUUGGAGCAUAAAGGACAUGACCAGGUCAGAGUUGGGUCAGUGGGUCAGGUGGUUUUUGUUGCAUACAGAUGUUUUAACAACCGACUGUAAUAUUGCUGCCCUUGCCAUUUCUGGCACAAGAAAAACCUACUGAAUAAAAAUGAUAAAAAUA